ACUUACACUUUGAUUGUAACUUCGCGCGAAUUCGGUUACGUUCUGUAACCAAGCUUGUAUUCUGGCACGAUCUCGGUAUCCUUUCGAUGCCACGAGAUCGCCAGCGAAUACAUCUCGAUUUGGUCCAUUAAUUGCCUUCUGGUAUUUGGCUUCUCGGGGAUUUUAUGGAGUCAUUUGGAACGAGCUUCUUACGCCUUCUGAUCUAUUUGGCACGUGUUUCUUGGUAGCGGUGUUCAUAGUUAAUCUCAACUCGACGCCACGCUACAAUUGGUGACCCGUAUUUUGGAACACGCCUCUGCUUCUGGUCAAAUCUUCCAAAGAAGCCAAUUAAGUGAGUCUAUGAUUUAUCUAUCCACGUCUGUCGUAUAUUUUCAUAUUUAAUAUAUAAUAUACUCGACAUGACGGAUAACGAUAAGAAUAGUAUUAAUAUAAUAGACUCACAUGUAUGUGUACCGAAUCCUUGUUACUUUUUUAUUCGCGUGACGAUGAAUUCCACGCUUUAUUCGAGAAAUUUUCCCCUAUUAUUUAUUCUCCUCGCUGACCCGGCUGCUUGGUACGGAAUGCGUUCGCAUAAGCAUUAACGUCUACCUCCCAGCAUCAAAUGGUUAAGUUGAACGGUUUCACUGCCAACUUAAAAGUGCUCUACGAGCACACGAGAACGACAACUGGUACGAAACCUUAUCGCUCGUCCUCCAAGGUAUUCAAACGAGCCUGAUGGCAGAUAUACAAUGUUCCGCCGCUGAAAUGGUAUACGGAACGCCAUUGCGUCUGCCCGGAGAAUUCUUCACACCACGGAGCAGACCUAAUUUCGGUAAAUCAGACAACGUCCGUCGACUGUCUGUAUUUAUGUGAACGCUGUCUCCGGUGUCAACUCGAAUACAACAUCGACAGGUCGCUCUCUCUCGAGAGUUAUCUACCUGUUCACAUGUUUUUGUACGAGUAGAUUCGGUACGCAAACCUUGGCAACAACCUUACGAAGGCCCUUUUCACGUGAUCGCUCGUCACGAAAAGACCUUCAAGGUUGAUCGAUAUGGACGCGUCGAGAUCGUCAGCGUUGAUCGUCUCAAACCAGCACACGUCGAUGACAGUGCCCUAUCUGGUAACCUGAGAUUCAAUGCUAGACCUAUUAAACCUAGCGGGAUCCUUAAAUCUUCUUCAGGUCCCACGCUAGAUACUUCUGAGACCUCAUUCUCGCGUCCCGGUCAACAGCACGCGUCAUCUGCACCGUCUACGGACGAGACGAUAGUUUCACGUCCAGAUCAGCAGACCACGCCGCCUCUGACCUCGGAUGAGAUUGCAGACUCACGCGAUACGAACGAGACUGCCGUCUCACGUUCCGGUCGCCGAGUACGGUUGCCCGUACGCUUCCGCGAAUAGUCGCACAGUCAACAACCGAUACGGUGUAGGAUUAUUCCUAUACUACACGUAUGCUACACUCUUCUUUUUUGAUUUUCUUUUUGUUUCCUGAGCCCACGCCUUCGACCAUCUCCGUUUGGUUCCGUCGACUUCAGUCAACUUUGGCGAAAGCUGGAUUGGCCACCCACGCUCUUGUCAACGUACUCAGUCGAUAUAUUAGUUUCGAAUGCUUGGCAUACGCUUGGUCUCGAACUUGGUCGUUACGGUCGCUUCUGGUCUUUUGGCUCAACGUGGUUUCGUCCUACGUCUGCAGCGUUUCUGGUGCGCACCUCUACGAACGCCCUCUUCAGAUUCUGGAUACAAACCAUUCUGGUGUAGCAUGCCAACUCGAGCAAUAAAUACAACACAUCGCUCCUGGUACUGUUCUCCGAAAACGACCUUCGUUGGCAACUCGACGAUCAACGAUCGCUUUCCUGUUCGCCAAUUCUUCCGUCCUACAAUCGCUCGUCAGCCGAUCAGUCCCACGAUUCAAACCGCUAUUUAUCGAAAGUGUAAACCCUUUCUAGCGGGGGCUCCUGUAGUGACUCACGUUUAUCACGAGAACACGACUGGUUUAAUAAAAACAAUUAUUAUUAUAACCAACUGUACCAGUGUUUGUUUUAAUGUGCUUUUGUUUGACUGUGCUAAUGACAGCUAUUUUGUGCUUCGUUUCCUUUACUUACACUUUGAUUGUAACUUCGCGCGAAUUCGGUUACGUUCUGUAACCAAGCUUGUAUUCUGGCACGAUCUCGGUAUCCUUUCGAUGCCACGAGAUCGCCAGCGAAUACAUCUCGAUUUGGUCCAUUAAUUGCCUUCUGGUAUUUGGCUUCUCGGGGAUUUUAUGGAGUCAUUUGGAACGAGCUUCUUACGCCUUCUGAUCUAUUUGGCACGUGUUUCUUGGUAGCGGUGUUCAUAGUUAAUCUCAACUCGACGCCACGCUACAAUUGGUGACCCGUAUUUUGGAACACGCCUCUGCUUCUGGUCAAAUCUUCCAAAGAAGCCAAUUCGGUGAGUCUAUGAUUUAUCUAUCCACGUCUGUCGUAUAUUUUCAUAUUUAAUAUAUAAUAUACUCGACAUGACGGAUAACGAUAAGAAUAGUAUUAAUAUAAUAGACUCACAUGUAUGUGUACCGAAUCCUUGUUACUUUUUAUUCGCGUGACGAUGAAUUCCACGCUUUAUUCGAGAAAUUUUCCCCUAUUAUUUAUUCUCCUCGCUGACCCGGCUGCUUGGUACGGAAUGCGUUCGCAUAAGCAUUAACGUCUACCUCCCAGCAUCAAAUGGUUAAGUUGAACGGUUUCACUGCCAACUUAAAAGUGCUCUACGAGCACACGAGAACGACAACUGGUACGAAACCUUAUCGCUCGUCCUCCAAGGUAUUCAAACGAGCCUGAUGGCAGAUAUACAAUGUUCCGCCGCUGAAAUGGUAUACGGAACGCCAUUGCGUCUGCCCGGAGAAUUCUUCACACCACGGAGCAGACCUAAUUUCGGUAAAUCAGACAACGUCCGUCGACUGUCUGUAUUUAUGUGAACGCUGUCUCCGGUGUCAACUCGAAUACAACAUCGACAGGUCGCUCUCUCUCGAGAGUUAUCUACCUGUUCACAUGUUUUUGUACGAGUAGAUUCGGUACGCAAACCUUGGCAACAACCUUACGAAGGCCCUUUUCACGUGAUCGCUCGUCACGAAAAGACCUUCAAGGUUGAUCGAUAUGGACGCGUCGAGAUCGUCAGCGUUGAUCGUCUCAAACCAGCACACGUCGAUGACAGUGCCCUAUCUGGUAACCUGAGAUUCAAUGCUAGACCUAUUAAACCUAGCGGGAUCCUUAAAUCUUCUUCAGGUCCCACGCUAGAUACUUCUGAGACCUCAUUCUCGCGUCCCGGUCAACAGCACGCGUCAUCUGCACCGUCUACGGACGAGACGAUAGUUUCACGUCCAGAUCAGCAGACCACGCCGCCUCUGACCUCGGAUGAGAUUGCAGACUCACGCGAUACGAACGAGACUGCCGUCUCACGUUCCGGUCGCCGAGUACGGUUGCCCGUACGCUUCCGCGAAUAGUCGCACAGUCAACAACCGAUACGGUGUAGGAUUAUUCCUAUACUACACGUAUGCUACACUCUUCUUUUUUGAUUUUCUUUUUGUUUCCUGAGCCCACGCCUUCGACCAUCUCCGUUUGGUUCCGUCGACUUCAGUCAACUUUGGCGAAAGCUGGAUUGGCCACCCACGCUCUUGUCAACGUACUCAGUCGAUAUAUUAGUUUCGAAUGCUUGGCAUACGCUUGGUCUCGAACUUGGUCGUUACGGUCGCUUCUGGUCUUUUGGCUCAACGUGGUUUCGUCCUACGUCUGCAGCGUUUCUGGUGCGCACCUCUACGAACGCCCUCUUCAGAUUCUGGAUACAAACCAUUCUGGUGUAGCAUGCCAACUCGAGCAAUAAAUACAACACAUCGCUCCUGGUACUGUUCUCCGAAAACGACCUUCGUUGGCAACUCGACGAUCAACGAUCGCUUUCCUGUUCGCCAAUUCUUCCGUCCUACAAUCGCUCGUCAGCCGAUCAGUCCCACGAUUCAAACCGCUAUUUAUCGAAAGUGUAAACCCUUUCUAGCGGGGGCUCCUGUAGUGACUCACGUUUAUCACGAGAACACGACUGGUUUAAUAAAAACAAUUAUUAUUAUAACCAACUGUACCAGUGUUUGUUUUAAUGUGCUUUUGUUUGACUGUGCUAAUGACAGCUAUUUUGUGCUUCGUUUCCUUUACUUACACUUUGAUUGUAACUUCGCGCGAAUUCGGUUACGUUCUGUAACCAAGCUUGUAUUCUGGCACGAUCUCGGUAUCCUUUCGAUGCCACGAGAUCGCCAGCGAAUACAUCUCGAUUUGGUCC